AUGAUGAUGGAGAAGCUGACGGUGUACGCGGAUCGAAUGUCCCAGCCUUCUCGAGCAGUUCUCUUAUUCUGCAGGUUGAACGCCAUUGACUUCGAGGAGAUCAAAGUAGACAUUUCCAAACGCCAGCACCUUUCUUCUGAAUUCAGAGAAGUAAACCCUCUGCAGAAAGUUCCGGCUAUUGUUCAUGGAAACUUCAAUCUCUCCGAGAGUCAUGCAAUCAUUGUCUAUCUUAAUUCGGCUUUUCCUGGAAUUGCUGAACAUUGGAGAGCAAAAAUUAACUCAGCAAUGGAUUGGCAUCAUUCUAAUUUACGACAAGGAACAGUGAGCUAUGUAAUAAAUACUGUACUAGGACCUGCAACUGGCCGUCCACUUAAUCCAAAUGCAGCUGCUGAAGCAGAAAAAGUAUUAAUUUCUUCUUUAUCAAAUUUGGAGGAUAUUUGGCUCAAUGGAGAUGGACGCUUCCUGCUUGGUGGUUCUCAACCAUCUAUAGCAGAUCUCAGCAUGGUUUGUGAACUUAUGCAACUUGAGGUUUUGGAUGAGAAGGAUCGGAGUCGUAUACUAUCUCCAUACAAGAAAGUUCUUCAGUGGAUUGAGGAUACAAGAGCUGCAACAAACCCUCACUUUGAAGAAGUGCAUAAUAUCCUUUAUAGAGCUAAAAAGAAAUUUGAACAGCAGCGUUCAAGGGUAGCUGAAACUGGGACUGAGCCUAGCAACAAGAUAGGUGGCCAUUCAAAGAUGUGA